AUGUCAACUUCAUCACCCACCAAAGAGACAUUUCCAAUUACAUUUCCAUUUCCUCUUUCACUCGCCCCUUCAAUGCAAUCUUCACUCAAUGUACCGCCAUCUCCACGAUCUCAACGAUCCUUACGAAGGUUACAGUCCGCACAUACACUGGGCUCAUCAUUUAACCAACCAUCUUUGAUUUCGCAACAACACAAGCAAGCUUUGCAGAAGAUCAUUCCGCCUUUGCAAAAAGAUGCGACACAAUCCUCCACCACUACACAUUCGAGAGCAAGAUCAAAUAGUGAUGUCACAAAUAUGGUCCCAAAUUCAGCAUCUGCGGGUAGGCGUCCUAUUGCCAAUCGAAGACUCAUCGCAUCAGAAAGUAUGUCGCUGGAUCGUCUAAUUAGAGAUGGUCCGCCAGAUGGAGAUAUAGUUGGGAGUUUGGAGAGUAUGAGGUUGAAGAUACUGGAUCAAGGCAUUAAGAGUGAUAGUGAUGGAAUGUCCUCUCUGCGCAUAUACGUCUGGCUUAUAUUACUCAAUGCCCCUACCCUCGAAACCGACGCAUAUCUAUUUCUAAUCCACCGCGGCGCAUCUCCUGCAUAUUCCAAAAUACGAAAUGAUACGUUUCGAACCCUAGCCACCGAUCCUCUCUUUCGACGUCGAGUCAGCGAAGCCAGUUUAAUUCGACUUUUAAACGCUGUAGCAUGGAAACUACACGAUGCGAAAAAAGCGCGAGCAGAUUUUCGGAAUAUACAACAGAGACAAAUCAUGGAAGCAGCUAUCCAAGGUUCUCCUGAACGUGGAUCACAAUCACCUGGCAUGAGAUCCAGAGCUCGUGCUCUGACUUUGACAACAGAAGGUUCUGAUGUAGGGGCUGGAGAACCGGGAACUUAUGUUCAAGGCAUGAACGUACUCGCGGCACCAUUUCUCUACGCUGCUCGAAGCGAAUCAGAAGCAUUUGUCGCUUUCCAUCGCUUUAUCACAACCGAGGUGCCGGGUUAUGUGAGAGGUGCUAUGGAUGGUGUUCACAAGGGACUCGCAUUGGUAGAUAAAGUCCUAGCCAUCGUUGAUCCAAAAUUGAGUCUCUAUCUCAUAGGCAAGGGUAUGAGUGCAGAGAUCUAUGCUUUCCCAUCAGUACUCACUCUCUGCGCAUGUACCCCCCCAUUACCAGAGGUACUCCGCCUUUGGGAUUUCUUAUUUGCGUACGGUGCGCAUCUCAACAUCCUUUGUAUUGUCGCACAACUCGUAAUACUGAGAAAUUCAAUUUUGAGUUCUCCAAGUCCAACGAAAAUUCUCCGAUCGUUCCCCCCGUUACAAGCGGAUACCAUCAAAGAAGUAACUCUCACAAUCAUCAAGAAAAUUCCAGAUGAUGUUUAUGCGGAAAUCGUCUCGCAUGCUAAAUGA